AUGCAAAACCAAAGCUUUGUCACUGAGUUCAUACUCCUGGGGCUUUCACAGAACUUAAAUGUGGAGAAAAUGCUAUUUGUUUUAUUUUUGUUUAUUUACAUUGCAACUGUUGGGGGCAACAUGAUAAUUGUGGCGACUAUCAUCUACAGUCCUGCACUGCUGGGCUCCCCCAUGUACUUCUUCUUGAUAUUCCUGUCUUUAUUGGAUGCAUUCACUUCUUCUACUGUCACACCCAAGAUAAUUAUAGACUGCUUCUAUGAAAAGAAGACUAUCUCUUUUGAAUGUUGUAUGACACAACUAUUUACAGUCCACUUCUUCACUGGGGCAGAAGUGAUUGUCCUGGCAUGCAUGGCCUAUGACCGCUAUGUGGCCAUUUGCAAACCCCUUCACUACUCUUCCAUCAUGACCCAGAGGCUCUGUGGGAUUUUAGUUGCUGUAUCCUGGGCAGGAGGCUUCUUGCAUUCUAUCAUACAAAUUAUCUUCACUUUGCAGCUGCCUUUAUGUGGACCCAAUGUCAUUGAUCAUUACAUGUGUGACUUAUUCCCAUUGCUGAAGCUUGCCUGCACUGACACACACAUUUUUGUCUUUUUGAUAUUUGCCAACAGUGGGGCUAUAUGCAUUAUAAUCUUCUCCUUAUUGCUUGUCUCCUAUGGUGUCAUCUUGUUUUCUUUGAGAGCUCACAGUUCUGAAGGUCGACGUAAAGCUCUCUCCACCUGUGGAUCCCAUAUAACUGUUGUGCUUUUGUUUUUCGUCCCAUGUAUAUUAAUAUAUGCAAGACCCACGACUGCAUUCUCCUUUGAAAAAAACAUGCUUAUAUUUGUAAAUGUCUUGACACCAUUGCUAAAUCCUAUAGUUUACACUUUCAGGAAUAAGGAAAUGAUAAAUGCCAUCAGGAAAAUGUGGAAAAGAUUAUAA